AUGUUCGUGUUUUCUGAUCUCACAAUGUUUUUUGUCAUAUUGUUGUCUGUCAUUUUUCAUCAUUUUUAUUGGAUGGACGUGAUUAGGAAUCGGUGAGUGUGAGACAGUUGAGAUGUUGUUGUUGUGAUCUCACAUGUUUUCAUUUUCCUGCUUCGCGUUUUGUCCAUUUUUAUUGUAUGGACGUCAGUCAGAGGGAACAGCAACUGAGAGUGGAAUGAAAUUAGGAAUUUCUAAUCCUGAUGAGGUGUCACAUCGCACUGAUGAUGAUGGUGGCACGGAAUUGAAUACUGAUGACAGCAACAUCUUUGCUGAUGUGAAACCGCUGGAGCCAAUUGCAACACUGGAAAUGACUGUUGGUCCUGAAGGUGGAUGCUUUAGCUCAGGCAGUUUGUCUAUUUCGGUUCCUGAGGAUGCUGUGAGUGAACCAGUCAACUUACGAAUGCUUAUGUACGUUGAUGAAAGACUAAUGCCGCCAUCCACUAAAACCAAUGAUGGAUACAUUUUGAGUCCACUAUUUGUCUUCGAGCCGCAUGGAUUAACAUUUUCUAAACUUGUUGAUGUACGUUUCCCUCCUCCAGUUGAUUCCAAAGGAUGGCAUUUGUCACUCAUGAGAGCUAGGUGUGAUACUUCCACUUCAUCUCAAUUAUGGCAGCCAGAAGCCAUAAUGACAUUUAAUUCUGAUUUGGACCAAGUGAAUAUGGAGGACCCAGACUGUAAAUAUGACCUUGACAGCGGUACUUUGAGUGUGAAACACUUCUGUUGGCACUGGUGGUUUGGAAAGCCUGCUGACAUGUUUAUGGCUUCGAAGACUAUGCUUUUUUCUGUGUUUGGUUAUCGGCAAAGAAGAUGGUCAAACGUUUGGAAUCUCACUAUUCAUUACCAUGAUAACUGUAAUGAACUUAUUGAGCGGAUGAUAAGUAAGGAAAAACAAUUAUCGCCAAAGCGUCAUAUCUUGCGUCUAAGUCGAGAAGUAAAAUUGAAAUUUGAAGGCGAUGUUAAAUUUAGUAUUACAGGUGGUGAUUGGAGUGCUAUCACACAACUACCGACCAUACCUGCUGCUGACUUUUGGCACAAAUGGAUAUGCUUAGACAAGGAAAUUGAUGUCAGUGUGCAGUUUGAGCAUGGUGAUGACCACCCUACAAACAUCUGCAAUGUUGAUGUUAAGCAGGGCGAUCAAACAGUCAGUUUAGUGAUAUUGCCUUGUCUUGUCGAGGACAGCCAAGAAGACGAAGAUAUUGUAUCAACUGAAACACAAGAACCGUCACUGACGUCAAAAGUAAUCAAGAAAUGCACCCCUGGUGUUAUUGUGAAUGUAGCCAAGAAAGUUGCUCAUUGUUGGCAAAAGCUUGUGUUGGAAUUGUCAGCUGACUUUUUCAUAGACAAGAUGAGAUUGAUAAAAGACGAAAACAGUGAUAUUGACAUACAAGCUGUAACAGCAUUGCAUAAAUGGACUGAUGAAUUUGGUGACAGAGCCAACCAAGCAGCAAUGAUCCGUGCAAUGUGUACAAUAGGUUGCAGAUCUCAGGCUGAAGCUGUUUUUAGCAGCAUUUUGGUGGAGCACGUCUGCCCACCUCAGUGAUUUGGUUUCUAGCUAUAUCAGUACAGUCAGGACUCAUUACAAAAUAGUCUAGUACUUGCUACAUAUACUCAGUGCACAGGGGUUAGAAAAAAUUACAAUGUUUUGUACAUGUGUUUAUAUCUGUGGUGUUAAAUGCUAAUAGAUAUGCAUUCUAACUGGAAACUCUCUAAUUUAUAA